GAAAUGAGUAUGGUCGUCAACAGAAUACGAAAUUACUAAUGGACCACACGAAAACAAAAAAAAUUGUGGUAGUAGGAGACGGUGCGUGCGGAAAAACAUGUCUGCUAACGGUAUUUGCGACAAACGAAUUCCCUGAAGAUUACAUCCCCACAAUUUUCGAAACUUAUUUGAAAGAAAUCGAAAUCGACGGCCAAAAGAUUAGACUGGCCCUAUGGGAUACGGCAGGUGAAGAAGACUACGAUAGGUUGAGGCCUUUAUCUUACCCCAGAACGGAUCUUGUAAUUAUAUGUUUCGGAUUGGAUAAUCGAACAUCUUUAGAGAAUGUCAAAUCCAAAUGGUAUCCUGAGAUCAAACAUUUUUUGCCGGGGGUUCCGUACAUUUUAGUCGGGAAUAAAUUGGACUUGCGAAGGGGUAGCCAAACGCCGACAUAUCGCGACGGUUUAAAAGUGAGACGGAGAAUUAAAGCCCAAGGAUAUUUUGAAUGUUCGUCUAUGUGUUCGUUGGGAGUCAGGGAUAUUUUUGAACAAAGUGCGCGAAUUUGUUUGAAUCCCAAGAAAAAAACUUCGUAUAGGAGCUGUUUGAUCUUAUAA